AAGUGUGUAUACAUAAAGAAGUACAUGUAAAAAGGAAAGCAAAGAGAAUGAAAAUGAAAAUGGUAGCAGAGAGGUGUUGAGUUGUCAUCCACAGUCUCACAUACCAAGUAGGAGGUGGAAGCAUUUCUCUCUUCCCACCUCACAGCCCCCUUUUAUCUCUCCAUACAUCAUCCCCACAACUCAAUAUUUAUCUGUAUCUAUACAUUUUUUAUACAUACAUCUCUACACUUUGUUCUUGGGGUAGCUAGAAAAUGGGUCCAGAAGAAUCAACUGUUGUCGUGCCUAGGAACUUUAGGUUGCUGGAAGAACUAGAGAGAGGAGAAAAAGGAAUCGGUGAUGGAACUGUCAGCUACGGAAUGGAUGAUGCUGAUGACAUAUACAUGCAGUCAUGGACUGGGACCAUAAUUGGUCCUCCUAAUACUGUUCAUGAGGGGCGUAUCUACCAGCUGAAAUUUUUUUGUGGCCUGGACUAUCCGGAUAAACCACCACUUGUAAGGUUUGAGACUCAGAUAAACAUGAGUGUUGUUAACUACGAAACCGGUGUGGUUGAACCUAAACUGUUUCCCAUGCUUGCUGAUUGGCAAAGGGAGUACACAAUGGAAGACAUAUUAAUGGAACUGAAGAGAGAGAUGAUGUCUUCACGCAAUCGGAGACUUGCUCAACCUGCGGAAGGCAACGAAGAGGAGGGAAGGAUCGACCCCAAAGGGGUGAUGAAAUGUUGUAUCAUGUAGUGGGAGAAAAGUUACAAACUGAAGAUGUAUAUAAAGUUCAUGCACUAGACAGUUGCAGCUGCAGGGCAUAUUAUCUUUCGAUUAUACAUGUUUGUAAUUGAUACAAUAACGUAAUCAGACAGAUGCUUUCUGGAUUUAUUAUAAUAAAUUGGUCUUUGGAUUAAA